CUGCUUGGUUAACUCAUGUUCAUGUGCACGUAAGCGUACACACGCGGGACUGUAAUGACCAAUCAGCAGAUAUUGUAAACCCUCAGUUUGCUGAGCUGAUGAGUGGGGUUGGUAGAGCGAGACUCCACGCAGAGAGACGCUGCACACGCGGGGAACAGCACUCGGUUUCCGUUACAGUCACUGUCCUUCUGAACGCUCCGCACACAGCGAUCCUUUCCACUGUCAGUCAAAACUGGAAGGACUAUGACAGAUAGACCCAUCUGCCAGUUUGGAGUGAGCCAGCUGGGAAGAUAGAACAUUUGUGACUUCUACAUCUCCAUCACAAAGAUGAGGAAUAUUAUCCUGGGUAUUGUUUGUCUCUGUAUUUACCUGACCCUUGAUGAUGCACUGGCUUUAAAUGGACGGAGGACACACACAGCAGAUGGAGAGGGAAUAGAAGCAGCCAUCAGAGGAGAGAAGUUGCUGAAACGAGUGAGGCGAGGCUGGAUGUGGAACCAGUUUUUCCUGCAGGAGGAGUAUACAGGCUCUGACUACCAGUAUAUUGGCAAGGCGCCGCCUUGAUCGAGAGGAGAAGGCCUUUUAUGUCCUCAAAGCCACAGUGGUCAACAAGUGGACGGGUCAAAAACUGGAGCCAGAGACCGAGUUCAUCAUCAAACUCCACGACAUCAAUGACAACGAACCAAAGUUCAGCAAAGAGGUGUACACUGCCAGUGUUCCUGAGAGGUCUGAUAUUGGUACAUCGGUCACCCAGGUGACAGCUACAGAUGCUGAUGACACAAUGUAUGGGAACAGUGCCAAACUGGUCUACAGCAUCAGUCAAGGACACCCAUACUUCUCUGUGGAGCCAAACACUGGUGUGAUCCGGACAGCCCUGGGUCCUGGUGACAUGGACCGUGAGCAGAGGGAGCACUACCAGGUGGUGAUCGAAGCCAAGGACAUGGGUGGACAGAGAGGAGGCCUCACUGGGAGCACUGUGGUUAAAAUCACUCUCACUGACGUCAACGACAACCCUCCCCACUUCACUCAGAGUAUAUACCAGUUCAGAGUUCCUGAAUCGUCCACGUCCGGCUCUGUCGUUGGGAGAAUUCAGGCCACUGAUAAAGACAUUGGAAAGAACACUGAGAUGGACUUCACCAUCAUCAGCGGUGACGGGAUGGAAAUGUUUGACAUUUCCACUGACAAAGAAACACAAGAAGGACUCGUCACUGUCAGAAAGCCUUUGGAUUAUGAGAAGAAACCAUCAUACACGAUAGACAUCCAGGUCCAGAACACCCAGGAAUAUGUUCGCUUCGUGUCCUCAGGCCCAAAAGACGUGGCUACGGUUCGGUUGGCCGUGGAUGAUGUGGAUGAGCCGCCUGUGUUUCAAAAAGCCAGCUACCUGUAUGAGGUGAAAGAAGAUGUUGCGGUGGGCACAGUGGUGGGCUCAGUCAGCGCCAUGGACCCCGACAGAGCUCGCAGCAUUGUCAAUUACUCCAUCGACCGCCGCACUGACAGGGGCCACCUCUUCAACGUCUAUCCGAUGAAUGGAUCUGUGUUCCUGCUCAAAAGCCUGGACAGAGAGACGACUGCAUGGCAUAAUAUUUCAGUUGUUGCCACAGAGCUGAAUAAUCCCCGUCAGAGCAGCAGCGUCAGUGUCUACAUCCGUGUGCUGGACAUCAAUGACAAUGCUCCCAUGUUUGCCACUGUGUACGAAACCUUUGUCUGUGAGAAAACCAAGGCUGGCCAGCGGAUCCAGACAGUGAGUGCUGUUGAUGCUGAUGAGCCAUCAUCCGGACACAAGUUUGCCUUUAGUCUGGCUCCAGAGGAGACUCACCACAGAAAUUUCAGCGUCAGAGACAAUGGAGACAACACUGCUGGCAUCCUGACUGGCCGAGCCACCUAUAGCCGCCUUCACAAGAGCGUCUACUUGGUUCCUGUGGUGAUCACCGAUGAUGACUACCCCAUGCAGAGCAGCACUGGCACACUUACUGUGAGGGUUUGUACCUGUGACCAUGAAGGCAACAUGGAGCUGUGUAAACCCGAAGCUCUGAGUAGCUCGCCUGGCCUCAGCACAGGAGCCCUCGUUGCCAUCCUCCUCUGUGCCAUCAUACUCCUCU